AUGCUUGUCAAUACUUUACAGGGACAUGUCGAUGAUAUCCGAAGUCAACUGCAAUGCGGUAUCUGCAUCCGUCCUCUCUACGAGCCCUUCACUCUUGCCUGCGGUCAUACUUUUUGUUACUCGUGCUUGGACUCAUGGUUCGCUGGGGGUAAAUCCAAGAGAACAUGUCCGGAUUGUCGAGCACCCGUCAAAACACAGCCUGCGCCUGCAUACCUAGUACGGACAGUGGUGCAGAUGUUCACGAGCCGCGCGGAGCUCCUCGACAAAGGCGAAACUACAGCAGAUCACUUAUCACAUCGAGAAGAGGAGUCUGGGAGACUGGAUAAAGAUAAAGCGAACACGGAUCCGCAACACGGAGGUCUUUUCAGAGGCCUGUUUAAAGAGAAAGUGCAAAUACCGCCGCCUGUUGCCGAUUUGGAUGAUGGAGUCAUGCGCUGUCCAAUAUGCAGCUGGGAGCUUGGCGAGGAUGAGUCUUGCGCGGGCUGCGGAUACACAUACCCGGAGAACGACGAAGCCGACGAUGACGGAUUUGGAGAUAUUGAGGAUGACGAUCCGGUUUGGGGAGGCUUUGCGCUCCCAGGCUCUUUCCCGCGGGAUCUCGGAGCCGCUCCUCCUGCUGGAAUAUCGUGGCAUGAUGGCCUCCCUCCUUUCUACCAACCGGGCGCUCCGUGGCCGCCUAGGGGGUAUGAACAUGCUCCCCUACCUCCUCUACCUCCUCCACCCGGGGUCAUACUUACCGAUCCGAGCGAAUAUGACGAACACUACAUCGAUGAAGAGAACGAGUACGAUGAGCAGGAUUCAUUUAUCGACAACGAGGAGCAUAUGGACCGCGAAGACGAUGACUCUCAGUCUGAACACUCGACAGUGAUGGAAUCUGGCGAUGGCUGGCAGGCUGGGAAUUCACGAAGACCCAUCGUUCUUGAUGAAACCAUCUUAAGUGACGACGAGGAAGAAGAAGAUGAUGAUGAUGACGAUGAAGACGAGGACGAGGAGGGCAGCGUGGCCCGGCGACCUCCCCGUCGUCUUAUUGGAACCUUUUCAAGUGACGACGACGAAGAAGAGGAAGAGGAAGAGGAAGAGGACGAUAUGGAUGAGGAUGAAAGUAGUCUCGUGGGCCCCGGAGGACCAUGGGGAAUACCCGCUUCACACGGAGACUCAUAUCACGAUGCACCGUCAUCUCCAACGCACACCGAGGAGACUGAUGACGGAGAAAACCCAGAACUCGAUCUAGCCCCUGGACGCCGAUACUUGCAAAAUGUGGUGGAGGACUCCGAGGAGAGCGAAUCGUCAGAUCCGAGUUCCCCACCUCCACGUAGGCAUACUCGGCCGGUAGGAAGUACAGGUGUCACUUUUGGAAAUGCGAUUACCAUCGACGAUUCUGAAGAAGAACAGCCAGUUGGCCCCGUCAGAAGACAAGUACAAAGACGACAACCCAGAUACUCACCAUAUUAA